AUGAGCGAAACUCGUUUUGCUGAAGAAGGACAACUGAGAGAGCUAAAAGCCGGAUACACUUUCUUCUGGAGUGGGCGUGGGAAGGAUGAACGCCGUGAGUCGGGAGGUGGCUUCGCUAUCAAAAACGACCUAAUAGGCAAGUUAACUAGCCUACCCAAAGGGGUCAACGAUCGCCUCAUGACGCUUACUCUUCAACUGAAGGGAAAGAGAUAUGCUACUAUUGUUAGUUGCUAUGCCUCUACCAUGACAAGCCCAGACGACAUCAAGGACAAGUUUUAUGAGGAACUCGACACUAUCAUCGCUUCCACUCCCAAACAAGACAAGCUGGUGGUUCUUGGGGAUUUUAAUACCCGUGUCGGGUCGGAUGUAGAAGCGUGGGGUGAAGUCAUUGAGAAGCACGGCGUUAGAUCAUGCAACAGCAACGGUCUACUCCUCAGAUUGUGUGCUGAGCACCACCUUAGUGUCACAAAUACACUCUUCCAGCUGCCAACCAGAAAUAAAACUACUUGGAUGCACCCACGCCAGAGGCGUAGCCAGGGCUGGGGCCGGGGGGCCCGGCCCCCCCUGGCAAAAUUUUGGGCUUCCCCCUGGCAAAAUUUGGGGGGCCUGAUAAAAUGUAUUGUAUAAAAAAGGGAAUCCUUGAUUAUAUAGGUUCAUGCUGUCAAUAAUGCAAAAAUUCUGUAGAAUAUAUGCUUUGCUGGGCAUCGGUGUGAAACCUAAAAUCACUUGUUCGCUUAUUUACGGCACACAGCUUGACUGAAACACAUACCUUUUCUAACCCUAAUUAUUUCAAUAUGUAUUAAAUGAGGGUUAGAUGAAGUUUAAACCAAUCUGUUUUUUUUACAAGUGAAUUUUUAAUGCGUGCUCGGCAGUAGCGCCGUGGCCGGAGGGAAGGGGAGGGGGAAGACCCGUCGGAAAAUUGUCAAUACAGAGUUUGAGCAAGAAAACGAGGUACGAAGACGAAGGUGUACUUGCCAAUUUUUGCCGUCUGCACAUUAGCUUGCGCAUACUGAGUUGGACGUCACUGGUGGUUGCUCAACGUGUCUUCCCAUGUGUCGCUGUUUAUGCACACUAACCCUAAUUCUUGCCCUGACCCAGAAAAAAACAGCGAGAAUGAAACUAUAUCCCGUCUUUGUCCUUCUGCCUUCGUUCGGAACGAAGUUCACAGCGAAUUUUCCCAAAAGAACGAAGGCGAGAUAUGAAUUCAUGUCUCGCUGUUUUGUCUUGAUCAGGGUAAGGAUUUGGGUCAGCAUUCAUAAACAGCUAGACAUAAAUCUCUAAUCUGUCUUCACGCCUGACUCUAAACUCAGAAUGCGUAAGAUAAUGUGCAAGACAGGCAAAAAUUGUCAACCACGGUCCACGUCGUCCGACUUCGUUCUCUUGCUCAAACUCUCUAAUGUUAGUCGGAAUCUUCGUGGUGAAGCAUCGGAAAAAGUGAUACGGAAAUUGGGAAAAGUGCUACGAAAGCAAUUGUAAUGUUAUUGUCCAGAAAAUUUAAGGGAUUUAAAAUGUUGUGUGGUCCGCAAAAUUUUUUCUUGCGCGAAAGCGUUUGAUACCGUCAACAGCACUGGUUUAUGGUUAAUCAUGGAGAAAUUUGGCUGCCCACCAAGGUUUAUCACGAUGAUACGUCAAUUCCAUGAUGGCAUGCAAGCCCACGUUCUUGAUGAUGGCAAUCAAUCUUCACCGUUUGAGGUCACAAACGGUGUCAAGCAAGGUUGCGUUUUAGCCCCAAUGCUGUUCAGCAUGAUGUUCACUGCUAUGCUGGCAUAUGCCUUUUCUGAGAGUGACCCAGACAUUGACAUCAGGUACCGCACGGAUGGGGGGUCUUCAACCUGCAGCGCCUGA